GGCGAAUGCUUCCGGUGGAAAGUGCCGAGGUUACGGUGUCCUUUCCCUCGUGUUUGUCAGUGUAAUCCGCGAUCAUUAGGGAAGAGCCGCUCUCUGUCUAUCUGUUACCGGGACUGUGAACCGACUCGACCCGCAGUCAUGCUGAAGUCUCUGAGCCGCGCCGCUCACCUCGCAGCCCGUUUCUCCAGCAGAAGCGCUUCUGUUCCGGUUACUCCUAUCAUCAGAUCCGCGCUAAAUCCCAGCAGCAGACCGUUCACCAGGUCCAUCUGGAGCAUGUGUCAUAACGGAGCGGCAUCAGGGUACAGGCCGAAGCUGCUCACUUCUAAGGGGCUUCUUCCUUCAGCGUCCUGCGGCUGUGGAGGUCUCCACACAGAUGGUGAUAAAGCUUUUGCAGAGUUUCUCACGGACGAACUCAAAGAAGAAAAGAAGAUUCAAAAGAGCAAGACACUUCCUAAAAUGUCUGGCGGGUGGGAGCUUGAACUGAACGGCACGGAAGCCAAACUUAACCGCUCAAUCGCUGGAGAAAAAGUCACCGUCACUUUCAACGUGAACAACAGUAUCCCACCACAACUGGAGGAAGAGCCUGAACAGACACAGAAGGGACAGGAGAACGAGCCUGACAUUGUCUCAACACCAAACUUUGUGGUAGAGGUGACAAAACAGGGAGCAACUAAUUCACUAGUGUUUGACUGUCACUUUCCUGAAGAUGAGACCAGUCACGGUCACGGUGAGGGCGAGGAGGAGAGUGAUAUCUUUGCCAUCCGUGAGGUCAGUUUUCAGCCGGAGGGAGACAAAGAGUGGAAGGAAACCAGUUACACACUCAACACAGACUCCCUGGACUGGGCAUUGUAUGACCAUCUGAUGGACUUUCUGGCUGACCGCGGCGUUGACAACACGUUUGCCGACGAGCUGAUUGAGUUGAGCACGUCGCUGGAGCAUCAGGAGUAUAUCAAGUUCCUGGAAGAUCUCAGCGGCUUCGUCAAAUGCAAAUAAUCUGUGUCGUUUUUAUACAGUCUAGAUUUAUCCUAAACUUUGUGAUGCAUCUGGUUCAUGUGUGUCUCUAAUGUGAUGACUAAAUGAAAAAGACAUAUAAACAUAUUUAAUUUCAUUUUUCAUGUUAUAGCAGCGCAGGAUAUGCACAAUAGCAGUAGUUUUUCCGAAUUUAGUCACAUUAUCACUGUCAAAUUAAUAGGAAAACAUCACGUGUAUUGUUUGUCCUGCUUUACUUCACAUUUAAAGAAAGUCUUUCUAAUAAAAGCCAUUGAAAAGUUA